AUGAGAGCUGUCAAUAAGAAUACUUCAAAGAUAAUAGGAAUAGUCAUGAUGAUAAUGGAAGGAUUGUUUAUAGUAUUUGGAACUCUUCUAGUUAUUGUCAUGUCAGUGGUGGCAGGAUUAAAAAAGUUUAAUUUCGUCCCAUCACAAGCAAUGACAGCAGUAUUUGCUUCUGCCUUUGCUGCAGCUGCUGUUAUGAUUGUAUUUGUUGCAUUGAUGGUUAUCAUUUCUGGAGUUCUUGUAAUCAAGACAAUUCGUCAAACUUCUCGAAAUGUUUUACAAGCAGUCAAAUCUCAACAACUAAAGGAAACUGAUUUAUUAUCGGCCGAUAGUAGCAAAUUAAGAACAUCUAUUGAUAAGGCCAGUUUUGAGAGAAGAGUUCAAUCUCCAUUCAAAAUUACUUUCGGAUUAUUGAUUGGUUUAAUUAUUUGUGUAAUUUUGGAGUUGAUUGCAAUUGCAGUGGCUUCCAUUGCAGCAGAUGUUGAGGAGGUGAAAUUGAUUUGGCAGGCAUUGAAUUGUGCUGCUGUUUUGAUUUUUGGAGUGUUGAUUAUUUUCCUCUUUUAUCCAUUGUUUAUGGACACUGAAAAUGCAUUGAAUGAGAUUGAAAAGAGGAAGGAGGGAGCAGAAAGGAAGAAACAAAUGGCAGCCUCAAUUGAUGAUGGAAGAUCAGUAACUUCGAGUGGUGAGACAACAGAACUUGCACAGACGAAUCCACUGAAUGAAACACCAUCUUCGCAAUGUGUAAGUGUGUAA